GAUUAAGCUGUUUUUUUCUGUUGUUGUAUCCGACCAAGACAGUAAGCGAGAAUGGCUGCCAUUAUGCUCGCAUCAAAGCAGGGCGCCUUAUUGCGCACACGUUUUGGCCCAACGCAGCAGCAUGGCGUCGCCCGUCGCGGGUCGCUGCAGGUGACCGCUGGCCUAAAGGAGGUCCGCGAUCGCAUUGCCUCAGUGAGGAACACCAACAAGAUCACGGAUGCUAUGAAAUUGGUCGCUGCCGCUAAGGUUCGCCGUGCUCAGGAGGCUGUGGUAAACGGUCGCCCCUUUUCUGAAAACCUGGUGAAGGUUCUGUACGGUGUAAACCAGCGGAUCCGCCAGGAGGAUGUGGACUCCCCGCUGUGUGCGGUCCGCCCCGUAAAGACUGUGUUGCUAGUUGUCCUUACCGGCGACCGCGGUUUAUGCGGCGGGUACAACAAUUUUGUCAUCAAGAAGACCGAGCAGCGAAUCCGGGAGCUGACUUCGAUGGGCGUGAAGGUCAACUUGGUGUGUGUGGGCCGCAAAGGCUCGCAGUACUUCGGCAGGCGGAAGCAGUACAACCUCGUCAAGUCCUUCUCCCUGGGCGCGGCUCCCUCCACCAAGGACGCGCAGGGCAUCGCCGACGAGAUCUUUGCCUCCUUUAUUGCGCAGGAGUCUGACAAGGUGGAGCUGGUGUUUACUAAGUUUGUGUCGCUCAUCACCUCCAACCCCACCAUCCAGACGCUCCUGCCCAUGACUCCCAUGGGGGAGCUCUGCGACGUAGAUGGCAAGUGUGUGGACGCGGCUGACGAUGAGAUAUUCAAGCUCACCACGAAGGGCGGCGGCUUUGCUGUGGAGCGUGAGAAGGCCACGAUUUCCACCGAGACCCUGGACCCCUCACUCAUUUUUGAGCAGGAGCCCGCGCAGAUCCUGGACGCGCUGCUGCCGCUGUACAUGAACAGCUGCCUGCUGAGGUCGCUGCAGGAGGCGCUGGCUUCGGAGCUGGCGGCGCGCAUGAAUGCCAUGAACAACGCAUCAGACAACGCCAAGGAGCUGCGCCGCGUGUUGACGAUUCAGUACAACAAGCAGCGCCAGGCGAAGAUCACGCAGGAGCUGUCGGAGAUUGUGGGCGGCGCGGCAGCGACGUCAGGCUAAGCGGGCGUGGGGUCUGAGAAUGGUGGGUUGAGGCCCACAGUAUCCUACCAACUAGGUGGUGGUGGGAUACUGCGGGGUUAAGGAGAUGUUUCCUGUCGGUAGGUAGGCCGGUGAUUCGAGCUGUAGAGGAGAAAGGUUGCUUCUGUCAUUUGGCUUCCACAUGAUGGACAUGCGCACGUGAAGGGGAACUGCUUUGUGUGGAGCUGCUGUUCGUUGGCGCUGUUACGGUUGCUGAAGCUGCCACAUGAGCAAUUCGCAUGCAGGAAAAGUGUUGAGAGAAGAUUAUUUUGUGAGCAGAGUGCAGGUAUGGGACAGGCUCGUUCCAGUCCUUCAGCAUUUGUACAACCUAUUCGGAUAGCGUGUCAAGUGGAGAGACGGCCUACGCUUGCUUAGGUGGAUGAUCGUUGCCAGGAGCCGUUCUAGGUUACAAACAAUAGCAGUCACACAGGAAGGGGCAGCACUCUCAUGUUAAAUUACAUGACCAGUGUGCAAUGUUUGCUGCGCUUUUAUGGCCUGCCCUUGAUUCCAGGCGCUCGGCUAGGCCACGGCUUAAAAGGGAACAGCCAUUAAUGAUACCCCGGUUCCCGGGGG